ACAUGAAUGCAUGUUUGUAUUUUAUUGCACAAACAUGAAUAGUUGAAAGUUGAAAAUCACGGGCUUGGUCUGUUGUUGGGCAGUCUUAAUUUAAGGAAGGCUGAUCUCAUCUUUCUUCGUCUCUUCCUCGUACUAUAACUUAUGUAGUGUAACAUAUGUAAACACAAAUAUAUCUGCAUACUCCCUCCGUCCCAUAGAAAUAGGCACUAUUUCCUUUUCCAUUGGCGAUGGAUAGAAUGUAUACCGGCAGAGGCGUGCUUCUGACGAGAGACCCAAAGCCGCGGCUGAGGUGGACUGCUGAUUUGCAUGAUCGUUUUGUCGAUGCUGUCACCAAGCUUGGUGGCCCUGAUAAAGCUACUCCAAAAUCAGUUCUGAGGGUGAUGGGUCUCAAGGGACUCACAUUGUAUCACUUAAAGAGCCAUUUACAGAAGUAUAGGCUUGGACAGCAGCAUUCCAAACAACAUAACACAGACAACUUUGAAAAUCCCGUCAUUGCAAGUACAAGCACUAAUUCAUUGAGCAUGAACAGUGAACAAGGAGAAAUCCCCCAUGUUGAAGCAGUUAGGUGCCAGAUUGAGGUGCAGAAAACACUAGAAGAACAGCUUGAGGUGCAGAAGAGAUUGCAGAUGAGAAUAGAAGCACAAGGGAAGUACUUGCAAGCCAUACUAGAAAGAGCUCAGCGGAGCCUUUCUGCUAACACGAAUCACUCUGAUAGCCUAGAAUCAACAAAACCUCAGCUAACGGACUUCAACUUGGCCCUAUCAAGCUUCAUGCACACGGUGAAUGGAGACAGUGGGAACGGAGAUAUCAUCAAGGAUACAAAAGACGUAAAGAUCAAGCUUGAAGGGCCUUCCAUUCAGUUUGAUCUCAACUCCAGAAGUGGCUACGACUUCAUUGGCAUCACUGGAUAAGGAUGGGAAGCAUUUUGCUACUAUACACUAGGCUAAUAUUGUACUCCAUAAUUUUGCAUGACAAAUAUAUGAUUUCGGACGGGAAGUUGAUUUUAUGAA